AUGCAAGAGCAGAAGGAGGACAUUCUCGUGUUAAAGGUCCGAGUCGAAGCAUUAAAGGAGGAAUUGGCGGCGGAAUCCUCGAAUUGUACCGAUUCUCUCAACAAUAGACCAGGCUGCGGGAUGACGACGGUGGUGAGGAACGUGUUUCACCGCUUGCCGACCGUGGCGGAACUAGACGCCAUCCUCCGGGAGAAAGCUCUCCGCGCCUCGACCAUUCGAAGAAUCGCCCUCGAAUGGAUGGAAACGCACACUCUCGCGCGAGGAACGGAGCAGCAGCAGCAGCACCACCACCACCACGACCGCUCCCAUCCGCAAACCUCCACCUCCACCUCGACGACAACACCACCACCAGCUUCAUGCAUCCCACCACCACCUCCGCGCUCCCGCCGCUUUCCUCCAACGACCACCCCAUCCCCCCACGACCACCUCGCCGCAACCGCCCAGCGCAUCCACCGCCUCAUCUGGACCCAUCCCAAACUCGGCGCCGCAAGCUGGCACUGGGAGGGCUCCAGCCCUCCGCCCCGAUCCGCCGUCUCCCUCGGCGCCGCCUCCGCCGACCUCGAAUCCGCCCUCCUCUUCGCGGGCCUCGACGACCGCGCCGCAGCAGCAGCCGCAGCAGCAGCGGCAGCAGCGGACAACGACGUCGUGCUGGGCGUCGGCGAGACUUGGGAGGACUUUCGAUAUCGCAUGCUGCCGCGGGGAGACCGGGCGGAUCUGCGACUCUGUUAG